CUUAUUGUUGUUAGAACUUAGAAGAAUUGAGUGCAACAACAAUAUUCAGACAGACAUUGGCACUCUAUAUAUAUCAGAAUAUUGAAAUAGAGAUCAAUUAAUGGGAAAACUGCGGCUUGAAGUCGUAGUGCAGCUAUUGAUUCUUCUCGCUCAUUCUCAGAAUUUGUUGACGGGAGAAAUGCUGCAAGAAGACGACGACGGUCAAGCUGUUUUGCCAGCUUCGUCGACAGUACAUUUGCAACGACAUAAUCAGCAUGUUGUAAUGAGUAACGGGAUCGUCAAUGUCACAUUGACAGCACCAGGUGGGCUGGUCACGAGUAUAACAUAUAAAGGGAGUGAAAACUUGCUGCAAACACAAAAUAAAGAAGACAAUAGAGGGUAUUGGGAUGUCGUUUGGACCAAGCCAGGGGGUCAUGACAUCAUGGAUAAGUUGCUAGGAACAAGGUAUAAGGUUAUACGACGAAAUAGGGAUCACACGGAGAUUUCUUUUACAACAACAUGGACAGUUGGUAGCGCGAGAGUUCCUUUGAACGUUGACAAAAGAUAUGUAAUGCUUAGAGACUCCCCUGGAUUUUAUUCGUAUGCUGUGCUUGAACGUUUAAAAGGAUGGCCAGCUUUUGACAUCCAGGAAGCAAGAAUUGUGUUCAAACUUGAAGAAAACAGGUUUCAGUACAUGGCUAUGUCCGAUGAAAGGCAAAGGGUCAUGCCAAUGUCUGUGGAUCGCUACACCGGUCAAGUUCUUGAUUAUCCAGAAGCUGUACUCUUGACGCGUCCAACUAAUCCUGAGCUCAAAGGGGAGGUGGAUGACAAAUACCUAUACUCAUGUGAUAACAAAAACAACAAGGUGCAUGGGUGGGUGAGCAACGACCAUGUGGGAUUUUGGAUGAUAACACCCAGCAAUGAGUUCCGUACGGGUGGACCCUUUAAACAAGAUCUUACGUCACAUGUUGGUCCAACUCUGCUUUCAAUGUUUAUCAGCACACACUACGCUGGGGAAGAUCUUGCUCUCAAGUUUCAAAGUGAAGAGUACUGGAAAAAGGUGUUUGGCCCAGUUUACAUCUAUCUCAACUCUGAUGCUUCUUCAAAGACGAAUCCUUCCAUCCUCUGGAACGAUGCGAAACAAAGGAUGCAAAUGGAGGAGGGUAGUUGGCCGUAUAAUUUCCCACUUUCAGAAGACUUCCUUAAAUCCAAUCAAAGAGGAGCUGCUAGAGGUCAAUUACUUGUUCAUGAUUGGUACAAAAAUAAAAAGGCUCUGCCUGGAGCAUCAAGCUAUGUCGGAUUGGCACCACCAGGAGCCGUUGGGUCAUGGCAAUUGGAAAACAGGGGUUAUCAAUUUUGGACACAAACAGACCAAGAAGGAAAUUUCUUGAUUAAAAAUGUGAUACCCGGGACUUAUAGCUUGUUUGCAUGGGUUCCUGGUACUAUUGGGGAUUACAAACAUAGAUCUGACAUCACCAUCUCCCCAGGAUCCAUUGUUGAGCUGAGAAAUGUGGUUUUUGAGGCUCCAAGGAAAGGUGCAACAUUAUGGGAGAUUGGAGUACCUGAUCGCACAGCUGCUGAGUUUUUCAUUCCAAAUCCUGACCCAAAAUUCAAGAUCCACCAAUAUGAAAGACCAAUUGAAAGGUUUAGACAAUACGGACUAUGGACAGGUUACACAGAUCAUUAUCCGCACACAGACUUAGUAUAUACAGUUGGACAAAGUGACUAUGAAAAAGAUUGGUUUUUUGCACAUGUUACAAGGAAUCUGGGAGAUCGACAGUUUCAAGCAACGACAUGGCAAAUUCUAUUCAACCUCACGAAGGUUACAAAAGGAGCAAAUUACACUCUCCAAAUAGCACUCGCUUCGGCUAAUCAAGCUGAACUACAAGUACGCGUCAACGACCAAAAAUCUCUUCCACAUUUUACAACAAGAUUGAUAGGCAGGGAUAAUGCACUAGCGAGGCAUGGCAUUCAUGGGUUGUACCAUUUGUAUAGUAUUGACAUAACAGGCAGUCGACUUAUCAAUGGAACGAAUACUAUUUUCUUGACACAGGCAAGAAGUCAAGGACCUUUUAGAGAAGUCAUGUAUGAUUACAUACGUCUGGAAGGGCCAUCUACCUAAAAACUUGUCAAUGGAACCUGUUGUAUCAUUUAUUUCCAUAAUCAAAGCUCUAUAAUACGUACAAAUGCCUCUUUGUUGUUUUCAUGAUUCCAUCUAUUUGGUAUGUUAUUAUUCAUUUAUAGUGAAUUUUUGAAGAAAAUCAACUUGGUAU